AGUGACUAUUUUUUCGCAUUUCUCCAAUAGGUACUCCACAUAUUACGUAGCGAGAAAAUUUUUAUAUAUACAUGGUAAUUAUGAUUCCUAUCAGGUAUCGCGUAAACUGCAUAGAAGGCAACCGAAUGUAUGACUGAAUAAAUUGAAUAUCAUAUUGGAACCAUAUCUGAGUACCGUCGGAGGUGCCAUAACUAAACUGUAUUAGCUUCCAGUGAAUUUGUUCAAAAUCGAAUCAUGACGAAACAGGUGGAAACAAAGGAUAAUUAUUUGAAGAAAGAAGUUGAAGAUGAAGCUAUAGACAAAGGUCCCAUUUUCGGCUGCCGACACGUUCAAGCAUUACUUCUCUUUUGUGGAAUUACUGUAGAGCUAAUGACCAGACUAAGUUUAAGCCUUUCUAUUGUGGCGAUGACUAAACAAACUUCUGAAAACCACAACAUUCCUACAUACGAUUGGAAGGAUUCCAAUUUAAUAAUUUCUUCGUUCUACUGGGGAUAUUUAGUCUUUCAAUUAUUGGCUGGUCAGUUAAGUAAAAACUACGGAUCCCGAUGGAUUUUAUUUGGAGCCAUGGGCAUCAAUUCAUUUGCCACUAUUGCUAUACCGAUGGCAGCGCAUUAUUUUGGCUCUGAAGGAGUGAUGGCAUUUAGAAUUUUACAAGGACUAAGUCAAGGAGGAAUAUUUCCCACCUGCUACAAUAUGUUGGGAAGAUGGGCGCCCAAGAAUGAAAGGGCAAGGAUCAUAACGUUUGUCUAUUCAGGUAUGAGUUUGGGGACGAUCGUUUGUUUCCCAAUUACUGGAAUAAUUUCGGCAUCAUAUCUUGGAUGGCCGGCGUCAUUUUACCUUUUCGGAGGUCUUGGAUUUGUAUGGUCGGUGGUUUGGAUUUGGUUCGGUCAUAACAGUCCUGCCAGCCAUCCCUCGAUUACCCCAGAAGAAAAACGUUAUAUCGAAGUGUCACUUAACCAGGAAAUGGAAAUUGAGAUGAUUCCUACACCAUGGAAGCAAAUAUUUACGUCUGUUCCUUUCUGGGCUUGUGCUGUUCCCACAAUAUGUUCUGGUUAUGGAGUGACCUUUCUUCAAAACGAAAUCCCGACUUAUUUGGAAAAUGUCUUAAAAUACGACAUAUCAUCGAGUGGAUAUUUAACCGCAAUGACUGUAGGAGUUAGCUUUUUGUUCUCCUAUAUUUAUGGUCUCCUAUCGGACUUUCUUAUCGAACGCAAUUAUCUUUCAAGAACCCACACCCGAAAAUUUUUCGAAGGACUGGCAACCUACGGAUCAGCCAUUGCACUUAUCACAUUGGGGUUCCUGGAUGAAUCAAAUGCCGCUUUGGCCGUAUUCAUGUUUACUCUUACAAAUGUCUUUCUUGCAGGCAUAAUGUUUGGUCAUGCCAUCAAUAUAAUUGAUAUAUCUCCUAGAUUUUCUGGCAUUGUAUUAGGUUUUGCUAAUUCAACGUCUUGUUUAGCUGCUCUAUCUGCUCCUCUGUCCGUUCAAUACAUAGUAACCGAUCUUACAAACGUUACGCUAUGGAGAUGGGUAUUUAUUCUUGCAGCUUUAACAUUAGCUGUUCCGGCUACAUUUUUCGAAAUAUUUGCUUCUGCUGAUAGACAAUGGUGGGAUGAUGGAGCAGAGAAAUUGGAAACCGUCAAAACCGUGGAAGGCAAUAUUAAAAAAAUAUCUAAACACUCGUUAAAGGCGUAGGAUUAAAUGAAAUAAACCGCAAUUUUCAUGUAAUUUGAAGAACCUUGAAUCCUGAUAUUAUUAGUAUCUGUGAUAUUAUAUGUGUUAAAACAUCUAAGUAGUGUAAGUUAUAAAUGUACCAUUAAACAUCUUCAAUGCUA